AUGACACCUUACCACCUUAAUUCGAUCGUCUUGAUUCUUGUUUCACUCAGUUUAGCAUUUAUCAGUGGAAAUAUCAUUGCUGAGGCACGUAACCUUUUGGAGGUUCAUGUGAUUCCUAAGCCUGAGCUUCCCGUCGCUCCAAAGCCUGAGCUUCCUGUGGUUCCAAAGCCUGAGGUUCCGGUAGUUCCAAAGCCCGAGCUUCCCGUGGCACCAAAGCCUGAGCUUCCAAUGGUUCCAAAGCCUGAGGUUCCGGUGGUUCCAAAGCCUGAGGUUCCGGUGGUUCCAAAGCCUGAGGUUCCUGUGGUUCCAAAGCCUGAGGUUCCGGUAUUUCCAAAGCCCGAGCUUCCUGUUGUUCCGAAGCCUGAGCUUCCCGUCGCACCAAAGCCUGAGCUUCCUCCAAAUCCUGAGGUUCCGGUGGUUCCAAAGCCCGAGCUUCCUGUGGUUCCGAAGCCUGAGCUUCCCGUCGCACCAAAGCCUGAGCUUCCAAAUCCUGAGGUUCCGGUGGUUCCAAAGCCCGAGCUUCCUGAUGUUCUGAAGCAUGAGCUUCCCGUGGUAACUAAGCCUGAGCUUCCCGUUCCACCAAAGUCUGAGCUUCCUGUGGUUCCAAAGGCUGAGGUUCCAGUAGUUCCAAAGCCCGAGCUUCAUGUGGUUCCGAAGCCUGAGCUUCCAGUCGCACCAAAGCCUGAGCAUCCUGUGGUUCCAAAGCCUGAGGUUCCGGUGGUUCCAAAGCCCGAGCUUCCUGUUGUUCCGAAGCCUGAGCUUCCCGUGGUAACUAAGCCUGAGCUUCCCGUCGUACCAAAGCCCGAGCUUCCUGUGGUUCCAAAGCCCGAGGUUCCUGUGGUUCCAAAGCCCGAGCUUCCUAUGGUUCCGAAACCUGAGAUUCCCGUGGCACCAAAGCCUGAGCUUCCCGUCGCACCAAAGCCUAAGCUUCCCGUGGUUCCAAAGCCUGAGGUUUCGGUAGUUCCAAAGCCUGAGUUUCCGGUGGCUCCUAAGCCUGAGCUUCCUGAGGUUCCAAAGCCUGAGUUUCCCCAUGUUCCAAAGCCCGAGCUUCCUGUGGUUCCAAAGCCCGAGCUUCCUGUCAUUCCAAAGCCCACAUUGCCAACAAUGCCUAAGCUACCCAAGGAAUUUCCUAUCCCUUCCAUUGCCCAUCCGUAA